UGGAUUCGCAUUGUUUCUUAUACAAGUGAUAUUGUACACUAAAUUCAUCUAAACUACGGGUGGAGGGGGACUCGAACUUGAGUAGUUGGUCAUGAGCAACAAGCAGCCAGUGAAGCUAGACUACGAAAAAAUCGCAGACCUGCGUGAAAUAUUCCGGCCGUUUGAUCGAAACAACUAUGGAAGCCUAACACAGCUGGAACUGGGGUCGCUUCUUUGCUCGUUGGUCGAUGCCUUGAUCCAGAAGGCAGACACAAACAACAAUGGCCUCGUGAAGUUUUUGGAAUUCAUAGGGCUGGUAGCACCGGAGCUUUUAUCGGCCAAGUCUCCUUACACAGACGAUCAGCUGAGACAAUUGUUUCAGAUGUUUAAUAGGCACGGCAAUGGAUUCAUCACAGUAACUGAGCUGGCACACUCCAUGGUGAAACUGGAUCACGCUCUUACGACAGAGGAGUUGACAGGGAUUAUCAAGGAGGCUGAUACGGAUGAGGAUGGAAGAAUCAAUUUCCAUGAGUUUUCUCAUGCCAUUACUUCAGUUGCUUUUGAUAGUUCUUGGUCAUAG